GCAUGACGACGCUCAUGAUCUAACUUCUUUAAUUCAUAAUCCGUGACACCGACCAAGUAGCCGGACGGUUAAGGAGAAAGGAAAGCAGCUGCGGCGCUCACAGCAAUGGCUACCAGAUGUCCCACAUUUGGUGCCCGUGGGUGCGAUGUGCCACCUCGUAAUACCCCUGGAUUCUGUCCAUUCGGUCUCCUUGAUAUUACCCACUGACGUCACGUUACAGUACUGUACACGUGUUUUUAAUGCCCCUUCGCCUCAAAACAGAGCUUAAUAUCUGGGAUUCGGCCCUCAAAGCAUACGACAAGCAAAAUUUUUCCACAUCUCUUGAGUUGUUCUCACAAAUUGCGGACUCGAGCAAGAUUCUAACCAACAUGGGCCUCAUAUACGCUACCAUCGGCAAACACGAAGCGGCAAUUGAGCACUUCAAUGCCGCUACCAAUCUCGACAAGUUCCUUGCCAUUGCAUAUUUUCAAUGCGGCGUGUCGAAUUUCCUCCUCGGUCGCUACGAUGCCGCUUACGCGAAAUUCCAGGACGCAUAUCUCUAUCUUCGCGGAAACCGGUUCAUAAAUUAUGAACAGCUAGGACUGAAAUUCAAACUCUUUUCUGCCGAGGUUUUAUUCAACCGGGGUCUUUCCCAAUUAUAUCUAGGUUACGCUAAGGGUAUGAGUGACUUAGAGCAGGCUAGGAAGGAGAAGGAGGUUAUUGGGCACGAGGUCAUCGAUGAUGUGAUACGAGAUCGAGGCGGACAAUACACCGUGUUCAGCGUUCCUGUUGGCGUGCUGUACCAUCCGUCUGAAAAGAAGCUCAGGAAUUCCAAAGUCAAGGAUUACUUAGGGAAAGCCAAACUAGUGAUUGGAAGCGAUCUCGAUGAUAUAUAUAGAGAAUUUUCUGGAGUGACAGAGCUCAAGCAGAACUCUGAUCCCAGUACAAGUUCCCCACUGGAGUCAACAUCGAACGCCGAUCCUAAAGCGAGCCUAUCUGGUACUCCGGACCGAGGCGCCACCGCAUCUAUAUUCCGUACCCGAUCUAUAGGACCGAGCCCAACCACGGAACGCUCCAAAACCAUAAAUGGUCCCCUAUCGACCGCCUCUCAUCUCUCACCAAUUUUUCCCCAUCGCCCAAGGACCCCCGGGUCUGACGCUCAACCACAGUCCCGACAGGGCCGUGCGGCUCGUUUCACUUGCUUGUUUCCUGUCCCCAGUCUGGCGACGAUGUGCUGCUCAAUACAUAGAUCCUCGGAGUGAACGAAUCCACGACAGGCUAAUGUAAUAUGAAAUCUUCAGUGCAUUCUGUAUAGAUCCUGAUCAACGGUUGCGGCGGGUCAUCCUACUGCAUCAUGUUCUGUCUCCAAGUAUAGGUGGCAUAGUUCGUGCAAUCUGGCGAUGGCAGCGAGACUCAAUAUGCUGAUUCUUGGAGUGAAGGAUUGACAAAGAAUGACUUGUUGUAUUGUUUGAGUAGCCCAGUCGUGCCGGUUUUUUGAUACUUUUACUUUACUUUAGCUGGAAUAUAACCCC